AUGUUCUUUGAAAUUCAAAGAGCCGCCGUUCACUGUUUUCCCAUGAACGCAAAAUACGCCUCCCGCUCGGCUGUGGCUUUACACGCCUCUGCGCCAAAGGCAUCACCAUCAAUUCUCUACCUUGAACACCCCUUCUCUUGGACAAGACGACAAUCUCCUCUGUUCACUCUCACUGUCCCCCAAGACCGUCUGUUCUGGCGCCAUGCCGGAUCGGAACAACAAGGCUGCGCUACUUCCAAAACUGCAGAAAAUCGGAAUGCGGCCGCGAGCCCAACUCUGGCGGCCCAACUCUGGCGGCCAGCCCCCGCCAAAAUACAGAUGCGCUGGGUAGUCGACCAAUUAAUUGCCCGCUUAGAUGACAAAAAGUGGCAACUUUCAACGUUGCAGAGACGUAUCGCAAAAGUGGCCAUGAUACCGACAGGCCGUGAUAGCGUAGCACACUUGAAGCAGCAGGGUUUGGCCGUCACGGUACAGUCCUACGCUUAG